GCGCUAAAAGUUAUCCCCUUAUAAAAACCCGCCAUUUCCACAUCAAAGAUUAGGGUUUCGAGUUCAAAUAAUGAGCUCUCUUUCAAAUCAGGUAAUGCGUAGCUGCAUCAAGGACCAUGAGGCCUCAGCCAUGGAAGGGCGCCGGCAGAAAUCAGAAGUAGGAGAAGAAGAGGAAGAGGAAGAGGAAGAGGAAGAGGAAGAUCCAUUUCUUCAAUUCAUUGAGUACGCUAAGUCCGUACUAUCUCCCGAUGAAGCAAAGGGCCCUAGUUGGAGCUGGAUUGCUUAUAAGAUUCUCAAGACUUGCAUUGCUUAUUCAUCUGGAGUCACCUCCGCUAUUCUCCUCUCCGAUCUCUUUCAGGCUUGGAAUGAAUUGAAUAGGAGUGGAGCUCCAAAGAAACAGUCAGAAUGUAUUAGUCACAUGAAGAAGAAGCAUAAGAGGGCAAAGCUUCCUAAUACUGUCACCAUUGACUCUAUAUAUGAGAAAAAGUUCUUAUCUUUGAACAGUGUAAUUGAAGCUGUCAUUAUAGACACUUACAUUCUUCCAGGAACAAACAUUUAUAUGCUUCAUCUGGGUGAUUUUUGGAGUUCUAAUACAAUAGAUCUGUAUCUUCACCGUAGAUUCUACAGCUUAGCUGAUCCAAAGAAUGGUAUUUUGAAGAAAGGUCGUGAAGUUUUCCUCACAGGAUGCCGCCUCCGAACUGCCACUGGAUGUUCAGGUCAUGCACGGCUUUUGCCAACUGAAUAUAUUGUGAUACUGUUAGAUGAGGACCAAGAUGAUGAUGCAAUGUUGCUUUUAGCACAAUUUUGUGCAGAUUCCUUCUCUUCUAUUUCUCUUGGAACAGUCGAUCAGGGGGUCUCGUAUUCAUUACGUGCAAGGAUUGAAUCUAUUACUUCUCCGGAGGUUCAAGGAAAGUUUGGUAGUUUGCAGAGGAAGCAAAUUAAUCUUGUUGAUUAUGAUGGUGUCAGUUCAAAAUUUCUUUUGUGGGGUGAGCAGGUUCUGCUUGCAAACCUAUUUAGCGUGGGAAGUACGCUGGCCCUGGAUAGGCCAUUUAUUUUGAGUUCCACUGAGAGUGCUCUUGAAUUAUCUGAAGAAUUUUGCCUUGAAUACGGUACUGCAACCCAGUUAUAUCUGGUGCCUUUUAUUCGGCAUGAGGAGCAAGUAUCCGUAGCAUUGACGCAGAACCAUCAUAAAGGGUCAAAACUAUCAAGAGCUAUGGAUCCAAGUCAGGGACUUGUAGUCUCCCAGGUUUCCCUGCCUUGUAAUUCUCAAGGUUCUAUUGACUUCAGUAAUUAUCCUUUCCGAUCAUUUGUUAUUGAUCUUCGGGAGAAGAUGACCGGAGUAAGCCUCUAUGGUAUUGUUGCUGACAUCAGAAGUACUCAAGAGCCAGUAUUUUCUGUUAAGAUUCAAGAUGUAACUGGUGCAGUUUGGGUGAGGCUACAUUUUGCUCGAUCCUGGUCAUUAGGGAGACUAGGACUGGGGCAUAGUAUUUACAUAUCUGGUUUGGCGUGCUCUAUGGGGACAAGAAAAAGCCUAGAACUGCAGUGGUUUGAGAAUGAUGAUGGAGCUUCAUUUAUUAAUAUUAGUUGCUUACCGGCGCUGCUUAACUCAUCUUGUCUUCACAAGUUAUCCUGCCUUUCUGAUUUACCAGUCGAGCCUACUGGUACCCGUGUAUGUCGUGUCUGGCUGGAUCAAAUUGAACAUUGUCACGUGACUACGAGACUAUCACAUACGUGUUGUGGUUAUUUUCUUGAUGAUAGUUGCAUUGAGGAUCUCAAGUGCAGCUUCUGUCAAUGUAAAUGCAAUGCAGAACUGGCAUGGAGUUUCCAUUUAAAAAUAACUCUUGCAGAUGAGAGUGGGAAAAUCUUUGCCUGGUGUACUGGUCAAACUGCUGUGGAGUUGCUGCAAAUAACUCCUGAUGAAUUCUGCGAACUACCAGAGGAAGAGCAGAUAAUGUACCCAUCAUCCCUUGAGCACGAAACAUUCAAAGUUGCAUUGGUGAACUGCAGGAAAAAGGUUGACGGACUUAUGGAUCAAGAUCAUGACGCAGUUGAAUGGGAAAUCACCCGUGCAAUGAAGUGGGAAUAAAAUUGAGCCAUUACUUACAUCUCAAAUAUGAUAGUUGGAAGAGGCCGCAUAGGAAUUGAAUGAAAUGUAUUGCCAACAUCUUAGACAUACAUAAUAAAUACAAGCUCAGCUUGAGGUAAAAAAAACCCUCAUCUUUAUCAUCCAAAGUUAAUCCGGAGUCUUAAAUCAAAUCAAUAUAGACAACAUAAAUCAUCUAAAGUUUGUUAUAUCUAGAAACAGAUAGAAAUGCAUUUUGAAGAUACAUACAUUUUUGGCUGCUAUGAAGCUAAAAAGCUAGUUGAAGAGCUU